AGGGCGUGCCGCUAUGCAAGGGCAAGCUGGUGCCCACAAGCAAAAUGGUGUACGCUUUGGUGCACGCGUCGCCAUUUUGCUUGUGGGCACAGGACGCUGCUGGGGCCCUUCCACACCCGCAACAGUCUUGUAUUGAGUCCGUGGCAGCAGGGUUAGGAAACCCCGUGCGAGCAUCCGACGCCAUUUUCCAGAGAGAGGCAGUGACAUAGAGCCAGCGUAGGCUGAGACACGGGAGGAGCGGGGUUUGUACACAUUGGAGCUGCAGUCAGCUUAGGCACUGCAAACACCUUUAUACCUCUUUUCUCCGGCCGUCAUUUCUAGAUUUUUUCAGUCAGAGCAGCUCCGCUUGCUUUCAGUCAGUUCCGUACAUCUUCCUAACGGUCCCCGGGGCUGCUUCUGACGUCGCUUUUCCUGUCACCCUUCAAGCUGCUGGGAGGGAUCGCUUGUAGUAAUAGGAUUUAGGUCUCACGUUAGCGGCCAUUAAGAUCACCCGUUAGGGAGGGGGUGCAUUUACGUUUUCCGUUUUCGGUGUCCUGUUUCCUGGCUUUGGCACGUUGGAGGGAUUGUGGAUGCACUUAGAUGUUUGCAAUGAUCACUGUGGCUGGCAUGCCCCAGUGUUUUGGAUCCCGAUGCAGAGGACUCCAUCGUAAUCGUAUUUAUCAGAAGCGAACGUCAUGAGCAUAGUGGUCCCUUUGCGGGUUGAGACAGCAGAAACUCCAUACAUAGACAUGGCUGCAGGCUCGGAACCGGAAUCUGUAGAAGCAAGCCCUGUUGUAGUUGAAAAGUCAAACAGUUAUCCACACCAUUUAUAUACCAGCAGUUCUCACCAUUCGCACAGUUAUAUAGGCUUGCCUUAUGCGGAUCACAACUAUGGUGCUCGCCCUCCGCCAACACCUCCAGCAUCUCCGCCCCCAGUUCUUAUUAAAAACGAAGUGAACGUAUUUACUACUCCGCAUUUUGAUGAGACGUCAAGUGCUACGACCAUCAGCACUUCAGAAGAUGGGAGCUAUGGAACUGAUGUCACGCGAUGUAUUUGUGGUUUUACCCAUGAUGAUGGGUACAUGAUCUGUUGUGACAAGUGCAGUGUCUGGCAGCAUAUAGAUUGUAUGGGUAUUGACAGACAAAAUAUUCCAGACAUCUACUUGUGUGAGCGUUGUCAGCCUCGAUCUCUUGACAGAGAGCGAGCAAUAUUGCUUCAACAAAGAAAACGAGAACAUUUGUCAGAUGGUGAUACCAGUGCAACAGAGAGUUGUGAUGAAGUUCCCAUGGAGCUGUACACUGCUUGCCAGCACACUCCUACAACACUUACUCUUACCGCCACCCGAGUAACAAAAGUGAAUGACAAAAAAAGAAAAAAAAGCGGAGAAAAGGAACAGAAUGUUAAGUCAAAAAAGGCCUUUAGAGAAGGAUCUAGAAAAUCUUCACGAGUAAAGGGAUCUGCCCCUGAAAUUGAUCCAUCUGAUAAUCCCUCAUAUGGAUGGGAGAGUAAAAUCAAAGCUUGGAUGGACCACUAUGAAGAAGCAAACUGCAACCAAUACAGUGAAGGUGUUCAAAGGGAGGCUCAAAGGAUAGCGCUAAGACUUGGUUGUGACAAUGACAGAAAGGAGCAAUGUGGAAAGUCCAGCUUGAGCCCUAACAAUCUCUUAUUUAAACCUCCAGUAGAGAGUUAUAUGCAGAAGAACAAAAAAAUAUUAAAAGCUGCAAAAGACCUGCAACCUGAAACAUUAAUAAUUGAAUAUAGAGGAAAAUUCAUGCUUCGCGAUCAGUUUGAAGCUAAUGGCUACUUUUUUAAAAGACCAUACCCUUUUGUUUUAUUUUAUUCUAAAUUUCAUGGGUUAGAAAUGUGUGUUGAUGCAAGGACAUUUGGCAAUGAAGCUAGAUUUAUUAGAAGAUCCUGUACACCUAAUGCUGAGGUACGGCAUAUUGUUGAAGAAGGAACAGUUCAUUUAUAUAUUUAUUCAAUUUCCAACAUUCCAAAAGGCGCAGAAGUUACUAUUGCAUUUGACUUUGAGUAUGCAAAUUGCAAAUACAAGGUGGAUUGUGCAUGUCUCAAAGACAAUCCCGAGUGUCCGGUGCUACGAUGCAGUUCUGAACCAACAGAAAAUUUCAACAGUGGAUAUGAGACUAGGAGGAAAAAAGGAAGGAAAGAAAAGGAUCUCUCUAAAGAAAAGGAAUCUCAAAAUCAGAACCUUUUGUCGGACAAUGAUGGUUCCGUUGACAAAAUGAAAUCCCCAGAUAACAAACAGAGAAAACUUUCCCCUCUUCGACUGUCAAUCUCUAAUAACCAGGAGCCAGAUUUUAUUGAUGAUAUAGAAGAAAAAACACCUGUUAGCAAUGAAGUAGAAAUGGAAUCUGAGGAGCAGAUUGCAGAGAGAAAAAGGAAGAUGACAAGAGAGGAAAGGAAAAUGGAGGCCAUCCUUCAAGCAUUUGCUAGACUGGAGAAGCGAGAAAAAAGAAGAGAACAGGCUUUAGAGAGAAUAAGCACAUCUAAAACAGAUGUCAAACCUGAAUCAAAAGAUGUGCAAGUUCUUAAUGACCCUGAACCUUCUCAGGAACCAGUAAAAGAAGAGCCUGUCAUCAAGCCUAUCCCUGCCAAAAUUAAUCGCACCAAGCAAAGAAAAAGCUUUACUAGAAGUCGAACUCACAUCGGUCAGCAGCGUCGCCGGCACAGAACUAUCAGCAGCUGCUCAGAUGUUCAGCCACCGUCCCCAGAAGUAGAGGUCACCUCUCAGCAAGUGGAAUCAGAGACUAGCGCACCUGUAGAAGAACCUGUCGAUGAGAGCCCUGCUACAGAAGUGGUGCCGAUUGUCCCAGAAAUAGAGGAGGUUCCAGAUACUGAAUCACUUGUGCAAAACAAAUGUUCAGCAAAAUACCCAAAAACAAAAAAGCACUUGGUUAAUGAAUGGUUAAGUGAGAAGCAUGAAAAAUCUGCUAAACAUGGGGAGGCGUUUUUGGAAAAACCUCUGCGCAUAACCACAGAUCCAGAAGUUCUUGCCACACAAUUGAAUUCUCUGCCGGGCCUCAUCUAUAGCCCACACAUGUACAGCACUCCAAAGCACUAUAUUCGAUUUACCUCGCCUUUCCUUUCUGAGAAGAAGAAGAAAAAAGAUGAGGAGAACCUUACAAGUUGUUGCAAAAAGCGUUGGCUCAAACAAGCUUUGGAAGAGGAACAUUCUGCACCAAUGAAUCCAUUUGAUUCUCCAGCCCAAGAUGGAUCUCAGAGUCCGAUUACAUUUGCAGAAAAUAAGUGCCAUCUAGUAUUGAAUGGUAGCUGCCCAUUAGCAGAUCUAACAACUCCACUGAAAAAACGAAGAUUGUAUCAGUUGUUGGACUGUGUUUACUCAGAAAAUUCUACACCUACCGCAUCUCCUUAUGCUACACCAACCCACACAGAUAUACCAUCCACAGACACUUCCCUAUUUACUACUCCUCCCAGGGUAAAAGUAGAGGACGAUGUUCGUAGCAACUGCAAGCAGGCUUUUUCACCAGUCACACCUGUAACUCCAUGCAUACGUGGGAAUCACUUGCAUUUUGAGAGCAUUUCCUCGCCAGAAAGUUCUCCAGAACUAAGUCUUAAAACCUGUGGCCAAGAUGGUAGUGAUCGGACAGGAACAACGUUGGCUUUGAAUUCAUUCAGAAAUUCUAAUCUUACUGAAAUUGGUGUGCAGGAAAUCAAGACUAUUGGUUAUUGCAGCCCACGGAGCAGGACCGAGGUAAACAGACAGUGCACAUCAGAUAGUGAUUCGACUGUAGACCUCCACUUGGGACUUGAAAUAAAUGAACAUACUGCAUUACAAAAAAACAUGGAGCCCUUGUCCCGGGAUAGGACUGAUUCAAACAGCCAGCAAGAAAAUGCUCACUGUGGACGGGGUGCAGUAUAUUCAUCUUGGAUCAAAAGCCCAGAAAGAACAGGAGUGAAUUUCUCUGCAGUAAAUUCUAACUUGAGAGACUUGACUCCUUCCCACCAAUUAGAAGUUGGUGGUGGUUUCCGAAUGAGUGACUCAAAGUGCCUGAUUCAAGAGGAUGCCCGUAGUAUGUACAUGGAUGGAUCAAUUUUUUGCUCUUCAGAAGAUGGACUGAUUACUGGAUUUGGUCGAGCACUUAACAGUGAUGGUGUUUUAGAUGGAAAUGGCACACCAUUAAAUCCUCCACAAAAGAAAAAGGUAUCCUUAUUGGAGUACCGAAAAAGGCAACGUGAAGCUAGAAAGAGUGGCUCAAAGUCUGAUGCUUUGCCACUGGUCGCGCUUUCCCCACAUUCUGAAAGUGGAAAUGUACUUGCGAACUGUUCUACUACUAAUGAAAUCUGUAGUAACAAUUUGGAAAGUGUCGAACCUAUUGAGAGUGUUCCUAUUUGACUAGUACCGCUGCCAGCUGAAGUCCAGAGCACCUCCUUAGAGGAGACAGACCAAAGUUCUCAAGUUACGGAUGCCACUGCUAAUGAGAAAAGUGAUCCAGAGGUUCAAUGGACUUCUUCAACAUCUGUGGAACAAGUUAGAGAAAGGAGCUAUCAUAGAGCUUUGUUAUUGAGUGACCACAGGAAGGAUAAAGAUGAUGGUGAAGAUGAAAAUGGAGAAUGUGUAAAUGUUAAGGAAACCCAGUCUCCAGAUGCAUGCCAGAAGAAUUGCAGGAGUCCUUCAAAACAAAAUUUGCCUUGUUCUUCAGGAUCUAAACCACCUUUGAAGGCAGAUGCUUCCCAAGAAACCACCGUGAAUACACCAGUGACUGAGAAUACAAGCCCUUUUAAAUCGGAGCCACAUCAGAAACAAUUAUCAAAGUCCCAUAUUGCACAACCUCAUUCACAAAAGCUGCCUUCUACACCUUUAAAACUGCACUGUCCAUCUUCCCCUCAUCUGGAACAGCCUCCAAAGUCAUCCACACCGCACACACCUGUGCAGCAUGGUUACCUUUCACCAAAGCCUCAUUCACAACAGUUAGGAUCUCCAUACCGAUCUCUCCAUCCUCCUUCACACCAGGUGGUGACACCACAAAGAGAAAACCAUGUGAACUUUUAUCCUGUGUCUCAAAACCUGCAGCCUUCGAAUCCGCAGCCAGCCGGUGGGCAGUUGUAUUCCCAGGCACAGACAGGACAGUGUUCAACGGUCUAUAGUCUCUUUAAUCAACAGACUGUGAACAGCUCUGCACCACCUCCCCCUCCCCCACCACCAACAGCAAACUUUUAUCCAAACCAGCAACCGUCUUCAUCUUUUCAGAACUAUAGUCAAGGUAAAGGUAGUAUUCCCCAGCAGCCUGUGUUUACAUCCUGUCCAAAUCAGGGCCAUGCAACAACCACUGGUCAACCAGUAGUUCAUGGACAUCAUGUAAAUUCUGGACAUUAUUUGCCUUCGCAGAACUCUACUGUACCAUCAAGUGUUCCUCCCCCACCACCUCCGCCUCCACCAGGAUGUCAUCAACAACACGUCUCUGGUCCAGUUCAUGCAGUCCAAGUUGCUAGUGGCGCACUUAUUCAUUCACAGACCACAGGACACCAUUUACCACCUCCUCCCCCACCUCCUCCAGGUCCAAGUUCCCACCAUUCCCACAUGCAACAUGUUCCAGCUGGUCAUCAAGGCUUGCAGGUGCAACACCAGCAUGUUUUAAAUAAUGCUCCACCCCCACCACCUCCUCCACCCCCUCCACCUCCACCUCAAUCGGCUAAUGUUCUAGGUGGUUCAGGACAUCACUCUGCAUCAGCACAAGGAUUACAUUUACAGACUCACCAAGGACCUGCAAUGUUUCCUUCAGGGGCUCACCCGCCUGUAGCAUCAUAUUCAACCCAGGCUCCUGUUCAUAAUGCAGUUGGGUCUGUGUCACAACACCAGUCUUCUGCGCCAGGACAGCACCAUCCACUUCCUAGUCAGGGGCCUCAUAUUCAGCCACAAGGACCAAACAGUAUUGCAUCACCUGCAGGGUUCUGUCCUCAUCCUGGGUCUGUAAGUCUACCCCAUGGGGUACAAGGACCACAGCAGGCCUCCACAGUGCCUGGCCAGUUACCUAUUCACAGACCGCAGGUGCCACCUUUCCAAAACAAUUAUCAUGGCUCAGGCUGGCAUUAGGUUUUGUUUUGUUGUGCUUUAACAUUUUUAAAAUGUUGUGUAAAAUAAACUGUACAUUUUCUAUGUACCUUGUAAAGGUACUUUUUAAAGCCUGUAUAUGAAAAUUUGUAAAAAUCCAAGUACCAGUGCGCUUUCAUUGUCCAUUUUUUUUUUUUAAAUGUCUGAUAGUAGUUCUUUGACGCCAAUUUCAAGUCUUUAGAUUGAGUAAACAUUCCAGUUCUGUUCUGAUGCAGUAGAGUUAAUACUGCACAACAUGAGUCACUUGUCAGUUCAUUUAGUGAAUGUUUUCUAUUGUAAGUUUUAUAUGUGAGCUAAAUACACAGGUAAGAGCACUAACACAUUUUUCUUUUUCCCUCCUGUGCUAUUUGCGUGUUAUAGGUAACACAGAGCCAGUUUCAAUGUUACAUUGCUUAUUUACACAAUUGUAAUUUAAUGUAUAGUUCGGUUUUAACAUCUUGACUUCUUUAGAAGUUUUGUAAAUACUGUAUUUGCUUGUAUAUUGCUUGAAGCUUCCACCUCAUUUGAUAAAACAUUGUACAUAUUUUUUUUUAUUGUAUGAUCCUUGUGGAAGUAGUACAGUAUAUGACAUUUAAUUUUUGUAAUAUACUGUCACAUUGCAGCACUGGUUGGGCAUUUUAAUUCAUGUCAAUAAACCACAAUUAUGUCUGUUUUAUCAGGUUAGUCCUUUCAUACAUUUUACAAAAAUUAGCGUUGAUGCAUAACUGCAGCACUUAAACUGUACAUUAAAGUACGUUGUCAGCACUUUUUCCUGACUAUUCCAAAA